AUGGCUCUCACUCCGUUGUUCACGCUGAUCUCCGCUGUCAUCAUGGCCACCGUGGCCACGAGUCGAGAGGUGGGUGAACUGUCCAACCGGUUCCGCUCCCUCCGCUAAUCACAAAUUUUUCAGGCGGGCGCCAUCGACAUGCGGGCGAUCCGUCCGUUCCCCCAGAUGAGCGGGUCGGAGGACGACGACAGCGCCAAGAUGCAGGUGGUCGUCGUGCUGCUCGUCGCCUUCUGCGUCAGUCUCGCCAUCACUCUUAUCAUCCGAUUCCUGCGCAAGUACUCGGAACGCCAACGCCUCUACUCGAGCUUCACCUAA